AUGGUCACAUUCGUAGGAACUGUUGCUUGACAACAGGGCAUAAACAUAAUAUCAAGAUCAGAUAAAUGUUAUGGUAGGCUUACCUUGGCAUUACACAGGCCAUCAAGAUACUUGUGUGAAGUAAGUAUUAAGCCCUCUCAAUGUUACCUGCGCCGCCGCAAGGUACUCGUCUGGUGGAUGGAAAGGAGAGCAGCGAGGUCAAACCGAUAAAAUGCAGAACACCCGAAUGUGCCUCUUUAAAAAAUCACCUGGGGAUAGAAGCAACUCCCGUCAGAAGCGACCUACUUGAAUGGGUGGCAAAAAUCAAAGGACUAGAAGACACCUUGUGGGAAGGGGGUGCGUUGAGUGUGUCGUUAUAUUUCUAUGAUCAGCCCAGGAGGUUUCCACCACGUGCGGUGUUCAACACUGUUCCUGUUCAUCCCAAUGUGGAUAAAGACACAGGGGAGGUAUGCAUCUCUUUUCUUCACACUGGAAAUACAUGGGACCCCAACUCUGCUUUCAGCAUCCUUAGGUUCAUUCAGCACAUACUUUCUUACCCUGUUCUGGAGGACCCCAUAAAUUUGGAAGCUGCGGAAAUGUUUUUGAAAAGGCCGCACAUCUACAGGGAGGUGGUUGAGCAAUGUGUGAAAGCCAGUCAAGCAUUAGAAAGAGAAGGUGCAACUGAUGCUAGCCCCAACCAUCCUUUGAGAAGUGACAGGUUUGUCUUGAAGAUCUCUUUUGAGGAGUAUCUGCAGGCAUGGACAAAAAUAGCCACCAGCAAAGAAGGACCUCGUAAUGACCCAAAUGAAUCACUGGAUAAACUGGUCAGCUUUGCACAGGUGUUUCCGUCCCACUGUGGAUCACCAACCCAAAAACUGAUUCCCUAUACCGAAGCCUGUCUUGAAACAAUCAAAAACGUAAUGUAUGGCCCACCACAAAAGCAUCAGAGGAAAAUGAGACAGAAAGAGGAUAAACUCAAACAGAUUCAGCAAAUGAGGAAGUUGUACCAGCUUCACAGCUUGAUGGAGCCCCAGCAGGAUUGCCCAGCAGCACCCCCAGCCACAGUGCAGGGUCCAGGCCAGCACGAGUACUGGGAGACUGAAGUGGACAGGCUGGUGGCGUGGACACACACCCUGUCUCUGGAGCAGCUGAAUGAAGAUCCCUGACCUACAGUGAUGUUGACACCUCCAAUGGCAUAGGCAGAGUAGUGUUAUGUCCACAGACCAGGCUUUGCCUCUAUGCAUUUCAUAUGGGAGGUGUGUGGUAACAGGUCACCUGGAUUAGGCAAGUCUCUCCAUACCUUUGCUAAAGGCUACUAAAAACAUUUGUUGAGUAAUUCAAGUAUUUCAUCAAGUAUUUCAUUUUGAUCAAAUGACACAGUUACAGUAUAAUUUAUUUUUCUCCAAUUUAUUAUCUUACUACUUAACUUCAAAGCAUAAAAGUGCAACGCGACUUCCCAAAAAGUUGGGACGCUUUGUAAAAGAAUGUUAGGAAUUACAAAUCAUGUCAACCCCUAUAUUUGACUGAGAAUAGUUCAAAGAGAAAUUUGAUGCCAGCAACACGUCUAAAAAAAGUUGUGACGGGCAUGUUUACCACUGUGUUGCUUCAUCUCUUUAUUCAACAACAUUCUCUAAAUGUUAAGGAACUGGGGAGACCAGUUGCUAGAGUUUUGAGAAUGAAACAUGUAUGUAAUGUAGGAUUUCAGCUGCACAGCAGUCUGGGGUCUUCUUAAUCAUGUGUGUCAUUCCAUGAUGCACAACAUUUGAUAGGUCUGGACUGCAGACAGGCUAUUUUAGCUCCUGGACUCUUCCUUUAUGAAGAAAUACUUAUGUUUAAAUAUGUGCAGAAUUAAUUUCGCCAUUGUUUUCCUGAAAUAUUCAAGGUUUUUCCUGAAAAGACAUGGUCUUGAUGACAGUAUGUGAUGCUCAAAACCUGUGCACAUCCUUCAGAAUACCCAUGCCAUAGACACAAAUGCACCUCCACACAGUCAUGGAUGCUGGGUUUCGAACUGAGCACUAUAAGAAGCUGGAUAAGUUGGAUAGUUGAAUAGUCCCUCUCUUCAUUAGCCCAGAUGAGUCUAUGAUUUCUGGAAAGAAUUGCAAAUUUUAGUUGGUCUAACCACAGGACCCUUUUCCACUUUACCUCAGUCCAUUUUAAAAGCUUAUGCUCGUUUAUCAUUUUCUGUAUCAGGUCUCAAAUAAAAUUUCUUCUUUGUAUGGUAGAGUUUACAUGUGAAUGGAAGAUUAAACUGUGCUCAUAGACAAUGGUUAUCAGAAGUUUUCCUGAGCCCAUACAAUGAUUUUCUUUACAAAAAGGUGUGGUUAUCCAGUGUCAUCUGAGGUCCAAAAGACCAUAGCCAUCCAAUAUUUAUUUCAGCCCUGUCCCUUUGUUUUAUAUAUU